AUGGCAAAGCUCACUGAUGACGCCGACUACGAUGCCGGCGAAACGUUUGAGAAUGUAUCAAGUCCAUUGUCAGAUGCUGGGCAUCAUGACAACUACUAUGGCAGACUACUUCGGACUAGACGAAACUUCGGUAUGGAUUCAUCGGAGUUGCGCAACCGUGAGCGAGAGCCUCCUCAUCCAAUCCGACAGCCUUUACUUUCGGCCUCCUGUGAUGCCAAUUUACGAUUCCCUUUCAUCCAACUUUUCUGUCUAACCGACCUUUCUUUAGAAAUGAAAAGUCCUGUCACAAUUACCUCCAGUUCCCCUCGGAUAGAAUAG